AUGAAUGUCCUCGAUCAGGAAGUAUUGGACGCUCUGCAGCGGGAGGAACACUAUAAUCGCUCGGAUAGUGGAGCAAUGCCUUUGCGAGUUCCGUAUCGAGAAUUCCUGCAAUUGCACAACGAGGUGAAGUACGAUGAGCAAGCGGCGAAGCUGCGCACCGAAGGGAACAAAAUGGUUGACCCGAAAGUGAAGCGCCUGUACGAAGCUGUGAAGUUGUACAACGAAAGCAUCACGUACACGAAGCCUGGAUCGACGGAGCGAUCGCUAGCCUAUGCCAACCGAUCGGUAGUGUGUCUGCAGAUGCACCGGUACGAGGAGUGUUUGGCGAACAUCCGGCUAGCUCGCGAGGCCAACUAUCCGGCCCGGUUGGCGGACAAGCUGGACAAACGAGAGGAACAAGCGAAAGAAGAGUUGGCAAAGAGCAACGAAAAGAAGAAGAAGAAGAAGAAAGAUGAUCUGAAGCCAGAACUGCCGUUGAGCUACCCGGGCCACGAGCACAUGCCACACGUGGCCAACUGUCUGCAGCUGCAACAGAACGAACAGUACGGACGGCAUGUGGUCACCACUCGCCGGCUGAAGGUGGGCGAUGUGGUGAUGCUGGACACGCCGUUCGUGAAAACGCUGCACGAUCCGCUCCGGCAUGUGCGGUGUGAUUUUUGUCACGCCGAGCGCCCAUUCACCCUGAUACCGUGUGAAGGGUGUACCUGGGUGAUGUACUGUUCGGCGGAAUGUUUGGGCAAGGCGUACAGCCAGUACCAUCGGUAUGAGUGUGGCGUCAUGCGGGAUCUGUGGCGAGUGGCGGGAAAAUGUCCCAUGACGGCAGUACGCACCGUAGCCUCCGCGUUCGGCACGUUCGAUGACGAUCCGGACGCACUGCAAGCGUAUCUGGACGAGCUGGAUGAGCCGCAGGUGAACGGAUUCACGAUGGACUGGCGAACGGCCACACCAAAGGAUGUGUACAACACGGUGCACGUGCUGUCGACUAACCAAGAGCGCCGACCGUUUAUGCAGCUGGUGUUCAUGGUAUACCUGGCGAUCAUUAUACACAAGCUCAUGCUGGAAAGGACUGAGCUGGGACCGCGGAGCCGGGCAAAGCCCAGCAUAGGCAAGCUGCUGUUCGAUUUGAUCCUUCGCCACGUGCAAGUGAUACGAAUAAAUCGGCAAUUUUUGUCCUUCUACGAGCACCGCCCGGACAGGCAGCGGUUCCAGGCGAAAGAAUACGGAACGGCUUGCUAUCCGUUGGUCAGCAUGUUUAACCAUUCCUGUGCCUCGAACGUACGGCGGCUUAUUUUGCGCGACGGCCGCUGCGCUAUGAUCGUUAUUCGCCCGAUCGGGCCGGGUGAACAGCUGUUCGAUAGUUACGGGUUGCAUCACUUUUCGUUUGAACGGUCACACAGACAAAAAGGCACGUUCGUAAUGUUCAACUUUGAAUGCUCCUGUGAAGCCUGUGCAUCGAAUUAUCCGACACUAAAUCAAAUAGUUAACCAGCAGUCAAGAGCACCUAUGCCUAUGGCCGAUGCGAUGGAACUGUGCUCGUUUGAGGAAGUUUUGGAAACGCAUGACCCGAAGCUGGCACUAGAGGUGAAGGCUAAGCUGCAAACGGAUCUAAACCGUAGGGCACGUCGAUAUCCGGCGGGCGAAAUAAUGUUGAGAAUGUUUAAUUACGACUUUAGCCUUUUUGUUGCGUAUCAGUAUACGUCCGAGAGCUACAAGUACUGGGAGUACUGCAACCCGUAAGCCCAGAGAAUGCGGGUGCGUUUCAUUGAUAGGAGAUAACACGGUAGACAUGGUUUUACAUUCGAACACUUGCAUUAGACGUAAUGGCUGAGCAUAUAGAGCUGUGAAUAUGUACUGCCAAGCUGAACUAGAUAAUAGGAACACCGGUACCAAAGGAUAUACCGUUCGAACGAACGAAUUGCAUUUGUUGAACUUAUGCGGAAAAAGUGGUGAAUACAUUGAAUGAAUUCUUCGAAGCUUA